AUGAAGCUCAACCUUGUUCUCGCCACUGCCGUUUUCUCUGCUGUCGUUUUGGCCGCUGACCUGUCUGACUCUUCGAAGGCUUCUUCCAAGACCGAUUCGUCUGUGUCUAAGGCCGACUCGUCUGCGUCCAAGACCGACUCGUCUGCUUCUAAGGCCGAUUCUGUCACAGACUCGUCUGCGUCGAAGACUGACUCUGCCAGCGACUCUGCGUCUGUUACCGCGGCAGUGACCUCGGGCUCCAGCUCUACCGACACCAAGAGCCACAAGAGCUCUUCGACCAAGACUCACAAGAGCAAAUCUUCUUCUUCCAAGUCUUCUUCUUCUAAGGGCGAGGCAAUGGCCGGAAGUGUCGGAGGUGCUGUGAUGGCUGCGGCUAUGGUCGUGAACGCCUUGCUUUAA